UUUAUGAACAUGAGCCAAACAUAGGCCGAGCAAACAGCAGAGGGGGAAGAUGGAAGUGUGAAUUAGGUAACUUCACACACAAAUAAUUGAAGGUUUCUUCAUCUCCAUGGAUCAUAUGGAGUAAAUGAUCUAACUACAACAGCGUACGCAUGCAUGGUGCUCUCUCUCAUUCGGCAAGCAUGACUCAAGUGUGAUUAUAUAUGGAAGGUUUCUCUAGUACUACUGAAUCAUCAGUAGGAAAUAAAGCCGAGGUGAUGAAGGCUUGGAAAGGAGGAAUGGGAUUAAUGGUUGUGCGGCUGAUGAUGAUGCUUGAAAUUUCAUUAAUAUUAUUAACGAGUGUAUCUGCAUCUCCAUAUGCAUCAUCUGAUCAGAUUAUGCCAGCACAUAUAACACAGCCUGAAAGCUGCAUUGAGCAAUGCAUGAGAGACUGCAAAAGCAGUGGCAUAGGUGUGGCUGCCUGCAUCAAAUAUUGUCCGGUGCACUGCCUUCCACCAGACACUAGUUCGCGCAAAGCCCACUACUGUAAUCUUGGAUGCAUGCUAGAUCAAUGUGCUAAGUUCACUGAUGAUGAAGAGAUGAUGGGACGCUGUGUUUCCAAUUGCCGUACUUUCCAUUGCAAUGUCAAAGCCUAAUGACAACAUGGUAUAAUAUAGCUUAAUUUUCUUGUUUCCGAUCAAGUGUAUGGUUAGAUGAUGAACAAGGUCCACAGCAAAUUAGCUUAAAUUUUAGACAGAAUAAAUGUGGCAUUAAUAAAACUGCUUGUACUAAUUUGUGAGUUAAUUAUAUAUCCAGUAUUCUUCCCUUGCUGAGACAAAUUAAUUAUAAAUGAAUUUUCAAA